AUGCAAGCCCCCAUGCCUGGAGCAGCCAGCACAGCUCUCCAGGCAGCAGAUGCCUGCUCAGAGCCCAGAUCCAAAGGGACAAACACUGAAGCUCCUUCCCGGGCCUUUGGCUGCAGCAUCAUCCCCUCCAGGAUGGUCCCAGCAGCUGCCCUGCAGCAGGAGGAGGUGGGGGACACCAGCUGCCCAGUGCUCUUCAUCCAGCUCAACCAGCUCCUAAGCACCCCAGCAGGCCUGGAGUGGAGAGAGAUGGCCAGGUGGAUGAAGUUCGAGGAGAAGGUGGAGGAUGGUGGGGAGCGCUGGAGUGCACCCCACAUCCCAGUCACAUCCCUGCACAGCUUCUUCCAGCUGAGAACAUUCCUGGAGAAGGGGACGGUGCUCCUGGAUCUGGAUGCCUCCAGUUUCAGGGAAAUAAUUGACAAAGUGCUUUCCAGGCAGCCUGAGGAAGCAGAGAUGCAGCCUGAGCUGAGGCAGAGCCUGGCAGCCCUCCUGCUCCUCCAGCCACAGCAUCAGCCCACCACAUCCCUGCUGCAGGUCCUCACCCAGCUCAGUCUAUCUCCCUGCCAAGGGAAGGCCAAAAGCUGCUCUGAGCCUGAAGCCCAGGUCUCUGAAACACCUCUUAGGGAGCAGCUGAGAAACAGAUUUAACAAGAAGAUCCUGCCGGGGACUGAGGCAGCCCACAUUGCCACUGGUGAAGUGGAAUUCCUGGAGAAACCCUUCAGUGCCUUCAUCCGCCUCAGGAGAGGGGUGGUCCUUGGCUCCCUAGCUGAAGUCUGUCUCCCCAGCAGGUUCCUCUUCAUUCUGCUGGGUCCCCAAACCAAAGUGAAAGCCUGUCAUGAGGUUGGCAGGGCCAUGGCCAUGCUGCUGAUGGAUGAGCUCUUCCAAGGGGUUGCCCGGGGUGCUGAGCACCAAGAGGACCUCAUCGCAGGGAUGGAGGCCUUCCUGGAUGAGGUGACUGUGCUUCCUCCUGGGAAAUGGGAUCCCAGUGUCCGAAUUCCUCCCCCAAGCUGUCUGCUGUCCCGGCACAGGAGGGCCACCACACACCCUCCAGAUCAGCAGUCUGAUGGCCAUGGGGAUGUGGCAGCAGCUCAGGACAGAUCCAGCCUGAGGCAUCCAUGCCCUGGGGAGGAGCUGGAGAGGACAGGCAGGCUGUUUGGAGGGCUGCUGCGGGACAUCCGGAGGAAGGCACCAUGGUAUUGCAGUGACUUCUCAGAUGCCCUUCACCCCCAGUGCCUCUCAGCAGUGCUCUACAUCUACCUGGCCACUGUCACCAAUGCCAUCACCUUUGGGGGCAUGUUGGGAGAUGCAACAGCCAACAUGCAGGGGGUGCUGGAGAGCUUCCUGGGAACUGCCUUUGCCGGCUCCAUCUUUUGUCUCUUUUCUGGCCAGCCCCUCACCAUCCUGAGCAGCACUGGCCCUGUGCUGGUCUUCGAGCGCCUUCUCUUCUCCUUCAGCCAGGACCACAGCCUGGACUACCUGGAGUUUCGCCUCUGGAUCGGGCUCUGGGUGGCCUUUUUUGGAGUGGUGUUGGUGGCCACUGAGGCCAGUCACCUGGUGAGGUACUUCACCCGCUUCACCGAGGAAGGCUUCUGUGCCCUCAUCAGCCUGAUAUUCAUCUAUGACUCUCUGAAGAAGAUGCUGAGCCUGGCAGAUGCCUUCCCCAUCAACUGGCAGUACCGGCUGGACAACGUCACUUUCUACAGCUGUGUCUGCAACUUGUCUGGUCCUGGUCACAGCUCCAGAGGGAAUGACACAGUGCUGCCCUCAGCCCUGGCCUCCCAGCAGGCUCCCGAUGCUCCAGCUGGGCUGAGCAGGACCCAGUGUCUGGGUCAAGGUGGGCACCUUCUGGGGACCAGCUGCCAGUACGUGCCCGAUGUCACCCUCAUCUCCUUCCUGCUCUUCGGGGGCACCUUCCUCUCCUGCACCACGCUCAAGCGCUUCAGGAGCAGCCGCUACUUCCCUGCAGGGGUGCGGAAGCUGGUGUGUGACUUUGCCAUCAUCCUGGCCAUCCUGGCCUCCUGUGCUGCUGAUGCCACCCUGGGACUCGAGACCCCCAAGCUCCUUGUCCCCAGCAAGUUGGAGCCCACAAACCCAGCACGGGGCUGGAUCAUCUUCCCCUUUGGAGUCAACCCAUGGUGGGUCUGCCUGGUGUCUGCUGUGCCCGCUGUCCUUGUCACCAUCCUCAUUUUCAUGGACCAGCAGAUCACAGCCGUCAUCCUCAACCGCAGGGAGUACAAGCUGCAAAAAGGAGCAGGCUUUCACCUGGAUCUCCUCUGUGUCUCCCUCCUGAUGGUUGUCACCUCUGCCACUGGCCUCCCCUGGUACGUCUCGGCCACUGUCAUCUCCCUGGCACACAUGGAGAGCCUGAGGAAGGAGAGUGCAACCUCAGCCCCUGGAGAGCAUCCUGAGUUCCUGGGCAUCAGGGAGCAGCGCCUGACUGGUCUGGCUGUCUUCAUCCUGACUGGGGUCUCCAUCUUCAUGGCUCCUGUCCUCAAGCACAUCCCAAUGCCAGUGCUCUACGGGGUCUUCCUGCACAUGGGGGUGGCAGCACUGAACAGCAUCCAGCUGACAGACCGGGUGAGGCUGCUCCUGAUGCCAGCCAAGCACCAGCCAGACCUCAUCUACCUCCGCCACGUUCCCCUUCGCCGUGUCCACCUCUUCACCAUCAUCCAGCUCCUCUGCCUGGCCCUGCUCUGGCUCCUCAAGUCCACGGCAGCCGCCAUCCUUUUCCCCGUGAUGCUGCUGGGGCUGGUGGGGCUGCGGAAGGGGCUGGAGCGCGUUUUCUCCCCGCACGACCUGGUCUGGCUGGACGGCCCGGUGCCCGCGGCCGGGAGGCAGGCGGAGGGGACAGAGCCCGGCAGGAGGAAGAAGGAAAAGAACGGCGAGGAGGUGGGUGACGCUCCGGGACCCGAUCCCGGGGGCUGCGGUACCGAUCCCGGGGGCUGCGGUGCCGACCCCGGGGGCUGCGGUGCCGGCACUCAGCGGCUCCGGGAGCUGCUGCAAUGGUUGCGGGGUGGGCGCGGGAGCUGGAGCGGUGCCCGCCUCUUCCUUCUCCCGCAGGCUGAGCUGAUGCAGCGCCAAGGACCGGAGAUCAACAUCUCUGUCAACUAG